GAAUUUGUGCUGCUUCACCCCUCCGUUGCACCUCAUCCUGGUUGUGGUUUCUGCCGGUUGUGGUUCGUUGCUCUUAGGGUUUUGCUUCGCCUUGCGUUUUUCCUGCCUUUUGGCAUCGGAAGGCUGUUGGAGUUUGGAGCUCGUUUCUAUUGCGGCCCUUUUCCUGUGACGCGGUUUGGUUUCGAUUGAAAACUCGUCGCCAUUGCUCUGGUUGUUUGCCUUUUCCUGUGCCGCGGUCUACUCCGAUCGAUUUCGGUGGUGCUGGGUAGCUUUCGCAGCCGUGUUGACGGCGGGGAUGAAAUUUCUGCGCAACAAUGUGGGAGCCUCGGGAGCACCGAGCAGAUGAAAUUCCUGCUCGGAUAUGCCGCCCAUUCCAUCACAUUUUCUAGCUUUCCUUUUGGGUUUGGGUUUUUUUGCGGGUUUUCGGGUUCGUUUGGGACGUUUCGUAUGCUUCCCCGUUCCGAGGCCUACUACUACUACUACUAUACUACUACUUCCUAGGUGGUUGAUUCAAAUCUUUGGCACAAAUCUCUUGCGUGGCUGCCCGGCUGGGUAGCUUCGUAUCUGGUACAAGUCCGUGUCGUGUCAUUCGCAGAAUCGCAGUAGCGAAGUGAACAGGCCUGUUAAACCGACCGGACAUCUAUUGCUGAUGUGACCGAGCUCUAUGUGGUGUCACUGAACAAGGCCGGGUGUGAAGUCUUGUCUUUGACUGGCUGCAUUUUUGUUUUCUUAUGGUGAUUUCGGAUUCUUUUUCAGUUCCGUGCUGUGCUUUUGGAAGUUCGUUUUAAGCCUUUUUCGUGAGUUGCUUGGGUAGUGCAGUGAAUUCUCUAGCAGUAGCAAUUUUUUUUCUCAAGGUGGCUGAUGCAUUUCUCGGAUUCCAUUCUGGCUUGUGGCAACCCAAGGAUAGCAUGCGGAUUUUGUUCCCAGAUUCCACUCUGGCCCAUCUUUUUUUUAGCCAGCUGUUUGCAGACAGCUUGGGGGGUACUGCAAUAAGAGUUCGCCUAUUAUAUGCUUGUACAAGUUCCAAUUAAAACAACUCGAGCAAUUUGGUCAUUCUUUUGUUCUAAAUACAGCUUGUGUUCAGAUGAGUUGUCUUUUGAAUUCGCAGAACUCAAGUGGAGAAACCAGCGGGGCAGGAACCAGGGCCAGCAUGGAGCGCGUGAAGCACGAGAACUUUUGCCGCGCCGUCGCGGAGGACAACACAGCGCUCCUCCUCUUGGCGGUGGGGAACUCCAGGAAGGAGGCCCUGUGUCGCAUCCGCAAGGGCUCCGACGCCUCAAGGGUGCUGGACCCGGAGAUGUCCGCGAGGCUGCUCCACCUCGCUUGCAAGCACGACGCGGUGGAGUGCGCGAGGCUGCUCCUAGAGGGCGGCAGCGGGAUCGCGGCGGCCCCCAUUGACGCAAGGGACCAGCUCACGUGGACGCCGCUCCACGUCGCAGCUGAGACCCACUCGACCAGGUGCAUAGAGCUGCUACUCUCCAAGAACGCCCGCACUGAUCUCAGGGUGGUUGACGGGAGACCACUUCUCCCGCUUGAGAUCGCGCUAAUGAGCAGGAGAGUUCAAACUAAAUGGUCGGUGGACAACUCAAUUGAGGACCUUCUGUCUUUUCUUAAACAAAUGGAUCUUAAUGCAGUAAGGCUCCUAGCAGAGGAAACCAGAGUGGUUGGGGAGCUUGCGUACAGAUACGCCAUGGAAGGAAGUGUCCCUGCAUUGGCAAUGCUGCUUCUGGUGGUUGAAGAGAAGAUAUCGCCACAAGUGAGUGUGGUGAUACAGGGCGUCAGCACAAAGCGGUCAAUCUACAACUCCAUUGUUGAUGAGGCUUUAUCAAUGGGAGAUGCUUCAGCUCGUGAUGGAAAUGAAAGGAGAAAGGCCCUGCUAUGUGAGAUUCAGCUGCUUAACCAAUUUGGAUCGGCAUCAUGGAGGGACCACAAUGACAGGAGAACAUUACCCCCUCUACUGAGAGCUGCUAAGGUUGGAGAUAUGAAUGUCAUAAAGAUGCUCCUGAUGGGGAAUGUUGAUGUCAAUGAAGCCGACUCUGAAGGAAACACAGCACUUCACUGGUGCCUUAGUGGUGCCUCAUAUACCAAGGAGCCAAGGAUUGUGUGGCUUCUGCUCAAGAAUGGCGCAAGAGUUUUCCAGUGGAACAAAUUAGGGCUCACACCAGUACACAGCGCUGCAGCUAAGGGCAAUUACAAAGCUCUUCAGUCACUUCUGCUUCAUGCCCAAGAUUGUGUUGAUAUACCUACCAAGACCAAAGAAACCCCAUUGUUCUUUGCAGUGAACAAUGGUUUUGUGGAUUGUGCAAAACUUCUUUUGUGCUUUGGGGCUGAUACCAAAGCCCGGAACCUGAGAAAGCAAAGACCAAUUGAUGUGGCAACAUCCCAGGACAUGCGUUUCAUUCUUAGCUCUGCAAAUGUGUUACCAUGGAACCAUAGCUCACCUCAACAGAAUCGUGUGAUGAGAAAGAAAAUUUACAAAGAGCUUCUUGGUGAUAAAUUUGAUGAUCAUGAUAAGGAUUACUGUGAUGAUAACUAUACUGGGUUUAAGACAUCAGUAGGCCAAUAUGAUUUUCGGUCCAGUAAUCAUUCUGCACAAGGGCUUAAGAGUAAAAGCCAAUAUGUUCCAAAACAAGCACAAGGUUCAAAGUUUGUGCCUCGGGCUAAGGCAUCAUCGAGUGGAGCUUCUACCGCCACUGCUGCAAAAGUUCCUGCAACUCCUGGCCACCCUGCUGCCCCUGUGGUCCCUGCUACAUCAGUUGCAAGAACACCUACACAAGCUCCUGUUGCCACAGCUGAAACGGCACCUCCAAGUGCACAGCCUCAGGCUGCUCCUGCUGCUACGCUUGCUGCAUCUGGUGAUGCUGAUGUGUACAGUCAGGCAGCUUCAAACCUUGUAUCUGGCAACAAUCUGGAACAGAUUAUCCAACAAAUUCUUGACAUGGGUGGUGGUACCUGGGAACGUGAUACAGUUGUCCGUGCUCUACGUGCUGCAUAUAAUAACCCUGAGAGAGCUAUAGACUACCUAUAUUCUGGAAUUCCUGUGAAUGUGGAGACUCCUCCUGUUGCUGGAGCACCUGCUGGUGGCCAACAAACAAAUCAGCAGGCCCCAUCACCUGCUCAGCCAGCAGUUGCAUCACCAGUGCAGCCAUCCGCUGCCUCUGCACGGCCCGAUGCAAAUCCUCUGAUCCUUUUUCCUCAGGUCAAUCUCCAUUUCUGCGGACGUAAAAUCCGAACAUCUCUUCUACCUGGUCUCUCCAUUGUGAAGCUUGUUCAGCUUGCUCUAUUGGAGAACAAUAUCAGAACAACAGAUUUUUAUUUACUGUUAAAUGGAAGACUCUUGGAUGAGCAUGUGACUGUUAAUGACAUUCCGGCAGAAUCAAAUAUCCAAGUCCGUCCAAGAGUUCGAGGCGGAGUGGAUGAAGUCCAUGAGACCACUUACAGAAGUAUCGAUACUGUGAUCAACAAAAGGGGGCAUGAGAAGAUGUUUAGAAGAGUCAUUAUUCCGAAGCAAUUGGGAAAGCGUUAUGCUUGUUUGUUAUCACCCUUCUCACAGUACAUUUUAUUUGGUAUCUUACGUUGUGUUUGUCGGGAAGCACACCAGUUUGGCAAGUGUUACAACGGAGCAUUUACUUUAGCUGAUUUUAUGAUUUCAAAAAAAGGUCACAUUAAGAUGAGCUCUUCAGUUUUCUUGGACAAUUACACCCCUCAGGGAGGUGAAGCUGACUAUAGGCAGUUAUAUAGGAUAUUACUGGUAUUUGUUGACGCAGAGCGGGGACUUGUGCCUCUCUACUUUGCUCACCUCCUCGACACGCUGCGCAGUACUAAUGAGCUUAAUCGGCGUGAUCCAGAUUCCAUCACUUUUUUGCUAAAUCACCCGAGCCUUCUAACUUAUGCAGAAAGACAUCGGCUCUUUUGUUUGAUUGACCAGAUGAUUCUUAAGUUACCUAGGGAAGAGAAAGAGAAAGUAUUUAAAAAGGUGAAUUCAAUUCCUGGGUAUUCUAAGUGGGAUAGCAAUUUUGAAGUCAUGAAAGAAUUUAAUAGGGUGUACAAUUUCCCUUCUGGCAAAGGCAUACAUAGAUAUGCAGGUUCUGGAUUGAAUACUACGAUCCACUUUUGUCGCAAUUACUUGAGCCACCCAGAAGAUUGGGUGUCAAUACUAUUUGCUGAGGUGGCUAUAUCUCUGCUUGUAGAAGAUAUGCUGGCCAAAGUCAUAAAAGAGUUGUUAGAUUAUCAGCCUCCAGUCUAUGUUGGUACAUGGGAUCUAAUCGGAUUGAUUGCCAAUGUAAGGGCGGAUACAGGCACAAUGUUAAAUCAGGAUGGUGCUGCUUACUCAGACUGACAGAAUUAAUGGCUCCCUGGCUCGGAGGGCCAUCAAGGACUUGAUGGCAGUGUGAUGUCAUCCCGAUGGUCUCAGUGCACUCAAGGCAGCAGGUCUACACCAGGGCAACCAAUACCUAAGGAUGGGGAAGAGGUGUAAUGCCUUUGUUUUCCCUCUCUGUAGGAGGAGGUCUUCAACUUUAGAACAGUUGUCAUCUUUGUCAAGUGUUUGCUAAUGUUAUGUUACCUGUGAUGAGUAUCUAAUGUGGCUGAAACAUUUCAGAGAUUGAGUAUUAGUUGGGUACUGUGGUUUGCCUAUUAUAAAUAUUACCCGGCCUUAAUAGCUUUUUGUCUGAUCCGUGAUGACUCGAUGCUUCAGUCCAAACUCCAAACUACUGUACCUUGAGUCCAAGCAACCAUCUGCAUGGAGUUAUAAACUGUUACAAUU